AUGCAGAACGCUUAUAACUACAAUAAUUUCACAAAUGACUUGAACAAUAAUAAGGCAAUAAAGCCCGAAAAAAAACCAAAUGUUAAAAUAUCAGAGAAUAUAACAGAUUAUGUUGUUUGCUACUGUGGUAAUAAACCAGAUAGACGCGUAACAAAAAGUGAAAAACAUAAAGGUUGGGAGUAUCUUGUAUGUAAAUUUAAUACUAAAACUCCAAGGAAUCAGUUUUGCAAUUUCUUUGUGUGGGCUCAUCAAGAACAAAUAAGAUUAGAGAUGUUUGGAUUUAUUGACAAAAUCAAUUAUAAUUGUCCAAUGAUGCCUUCUCCCUCUUCUUCACCACCGCCAGAACAUUAUCCCUCUUCCUCUUUUAAUAAAAAAAAUCACGAGCUAGAGGAAAGAAAUCGCGAGCUAGAGGAAAAAAAACGCGAAUUAGAGGAAGAAUUGGAAAAUAAAGAAGAACUGGGUGAAAGAAAUAAAGAAUUGGAAGAAAAAGUUAAAGAAAUGGAAAAUGAGAAUCAAGAAAUGGAAGAAAAAGUUAAAGAAAUGGAAAAUGAGAAUCAAGAAAUGGAAGAAAAAAAUAGGCUUUUAGAAAAAAGAAAUCAUGAGUUGGAGAAUAAAAUUAAAGAUUUAGAAGAAAAAAAUAAAACUGAACAAAAUGAAUUAACAAAUGAUCUAAAUUCUUUGGUAACAAUUAAUGAACAAAUAGAGGAAGAAUUACUCGAAGAAAAAGAUCGUAACGAAGAGUUGAUGGAGGAAAUCGCAAAAUUAAAAGAAUUAUUACAAAAAGCCUAA